ACCGAAUGAGGAGUGCGGCUGGAAAGAGGCGCGUUCUAAAGCUCUCCCCAGCCAAUAAAGCGGCCCCGCUGGAGCCCGCCUUCGUCCCCAUCCACGUCCAACGGGCGGUGAAAGAGUCGUGCAGACCUCCCCGACUUGCAAAUUAAUCUUCUCCAAUGAGUGAUGAGGGCCGGCAGAAAGGAACACAUAGUGCCCGCCCACUAACCCCUCCCACCCAAUAGCCACUGAGAAGCGCGGCUAGAGGCGGGAGCCCAAUGGCAGAGAAGCCUCCGCUGUACCUCUCCUCGUGGCGCCUUCAAGCUCCCCGUCUGUGGUCAGCAGUUGUACAGGGCUUGGCUAUAGGUUUUGGGAUACUGAGCAUCUCCUUAGCGACUACUUUGAUUUGGAAGAUGAAUGACUCCCAUCCACGCUGCCCUGAGCAGUGGAUAGCCUACAGAGGGAGCUGCUACACCUUCUCCAAAGAGAGGAAGGAUUGGAGUUCCAGCCAAGAAUCCUGCUGGGCACAGGGUGCUCAUCUCCUGGUGAUCAGUGAUACCAGGGAAAUGGACCUGCUCAAGAGUAUUCAAACAGGAUGUUUCUGGAUUGGACUGAGCAACAGCACAGGCUCUGGAUGGGUUUGGGAAGAUGGCUCUAAACUCAACGGCACAAAGGUCCUCUUCAACAGCCCUGUGCAGCAAUGUGUUGUCCUGAUGAAAGAUCACUUUCAGGCGUCCAGUUGUGAAUUUUCUGCUCCAUGGAUUUGUGAGAAAGCUCUUAGAUAAAUCCCUAUACUUAUUUGUCUCACAGCUAUCUCAUCACUGGCACAGAUCGAUCUUGAUCCUGCAAACCAAAGCUGUACAGAAGAGUGAGGUCUGUUCCUUGCUCUUUCCAUACCCUGACCAAGGUGCUGUGCAGGGACAGGCUUGUUGCCCUUAAGGGUGAGUUAUCCUCAGUACUACAUCUGUAUCUCUUGGUUUACUGCUGUUUGUGACCAGAUGAGAUCUAGGAUGUAUUUCUUGUCCUUGUCUUUCCUCAUCGUGUCCAGGGCUAGGGCUUUUGUCACAACACACACUAGGUCCUCAGAUCUCUGAGAUCGAUUUGGCUGUUUUUCUCCAUUGCUGAGCACCAGAUUUUAUUUCCUCUCCCAUUGUCUGAAUUGUUUGGUGCCAGCAAGACCUGGAAAAUGGAGCCUGCUGUUUGCUGCCAGUAACAUAUAAACAGACUUUUCCCAGUGUCUCCUUUGCAUCCCAGUGCUCUGAAUGGGAGAAAGGAAGGUGAAAUGAGACUGCAACUUCUGUAAACCCAACAACGAAAAUAAACCUCCAGUACUGUAGAGGACCAAAA